AUGAGCCUCGAUGAAGUAAUUGGCUUUCUCACAGUGCACGAACUGCAGCUUAAGGAAUGCGAGUCUUGUGAAGAGGAGCAAGCAUUACUUGCCAGAGCAUUGAGCAAAGUCAAAAUGUCGAGUGAGGAGGAGUCUUCAUCUCGCGGAAGAGGGCGUCAUCGCAGUCGCGGUAUAGGGCGUGGCAGAAGUCGUGGCCAAGGACGUCAACAAUCGUUCGAUGAAGAGAAGAAUUUUUUUGACAAGUUCCAUAUUCAACGCUAUAAUUGCCAGAAGUAUCGGCAUUUUGCAUAUGAAUGCCGUAGUGCAAAGAGAGAGAGGGAUGAUCGGGCAUAUGUGGCAGAGUCCACUUAG